AUGGUUCAACACCAACCGUUAGCUUCUUCCAUUCGUGUCGGAUCUUACAAUGGUGAAGAGAUCUACGCUCCUUUCAAGAGUCUCCUCCCAAUGGUGAAUCGAGAUGAUGUUGUGUUUGGUGGUUGGGACAUAAGCGACAUCAACUUAGCAGAUGCCAUGGCUACAUGCCCGUCUCUGAGGGGUGGCUAG